GAGAGCAUGAAUUCACUGUCAGCUUUAAACACUGAAGGAGGAGACUGAACGUGUUUCUGGCAAACAUGAAGUCAGACAUCUGGUAUUUCUUUCUCUUCUGCUUCCAACUUGAAGUUCUAAGAGGAGAAAUAAAUGAUUCUAAGAUGUUCGCAUUUCACAAUGGAGGUGUGCAAAUUAUAUGCAAACACCCUGAGGCUAUCCAGCAAUUUAAAAUGCAGUUGCUGAAAGGGAGGCAAAUACUCUGUGAGCUCACCAAAACAAAGAAAAGUGGAAACAUGGUGUCCACCGUUAAGAAUUUGGAGUUCUGUCAACCUCAGUUAACCAAUAACAGCAUCUCUUUUUUUCUAUAUAACCUGGACAGUUAUCAUGCCAGCUAUUACUUCUGCCAACUAAUAAUUUUUGAUCCUCCUCCUUAUCGUGUAGAGACUUUUAGUGGAGAAUACUUGCAUGUUCAUGGAGAAAUAAAUGAUUCUGCUAAGCCUGAGAUGUUCGCAUUUCACAACGGAGGUGUGCAAAUUAUAUGUAAACACCCUGAGACUAUCCAGCAAUUUAAAAUGCGGUUGCUGAAAGGGGGGCAAUUACUCUGCGAGCUCACCAAAACGAAGGAAAGUGGAAACACGGUGUCCACCGUUAAGAAUCUGGAGUUCUGUCAGUUAUCCAAUAACAGCGUCUCGUUUUUUCUCUAUAACUUGAACAGCUCCCAUGCCAGCUACUACUUUUGCCAACUAGUAAUUUUUGAUCCUCCUCCUUAUCGUGUAGAGACUCUCAGUGCAGAAUAUUUGCAUGUUUAUGAAUCACAGCUUUGCUGCCAACUGAAGCUCUGGUUGCCCAUCAUAUGUGCAGCUUCUGUUGUACUCUACGUUUUUGGAUGUAUAUUUAUUUGUUGGCUUACAAAAAAGAAGUAUCAGUCCAUUGUGCAUGAACCUAACAGUGAAUACAUGUCCAUGGCGGCAGUGAACACAGCUAAAAUACCUGGACCCAGAGAUGUGCCCUUUAACCUGGAACUCUCUGGCCCCCAGGCCUGAACCACACUGGCCAGCUCACCACAACUUGAAGUACAAGAUUAUCUCCUUUCCUGGACCAGAGAGUCUGACCUGACUUGACUACAUGCAUCGCCUGCUGGUGUUUUGUUCAGUCUGAACCAGUGACUCUAUCAGUCAACAGGGAUUUAUUUCAGUAGACUGCCUCCAUACUGCUGAGUUCUCGCAAAACAAACACCUUCUUGAAAAGAGCUGUAUAGAAAGCCCAGCUCCUGUGUGCUCAGCAAAUAGACCUCGUUGGGGAGGAAUCCCUGUCUUCAUAUCUGCUCCUAGGAAUGCAGCAGCCAGUAAAACAAACACAUCUACAAAAUUCUUUAAAAGAUGUUAAGGGUACUGAAUCUGCAGAGCAAAUGGGCAGCCCUAGCCAGCAUCUGUCCACAUGUCACUAACACAUUACCUCUUCUUUCCGUAGAGAUGAGCAUUCCUUUUUUAAUCAGACGGUAGAGGGAGGUACUUCAAAACUGUUGCUAUUUUAUUGCUGUUUCAUUUUCAUUAUGUUUUAUACUGUCCUAAUACAAUAGUUCACAGUACUCUCUUGUUCAACUUCGGAUAUUUCCAAACCUCAGUCGACCACCCCACCAACAGUUUAAAUACCUUCUCUUGCCCUCAAAUUUAUCUGCUAAAAUACUUGUACAUGAGUACUUGACUAACAGAAAAAACAAAAACCUAUUGUCAUUGAGUUGAUUCUGACUCAUGGAGAUUCCAUAUAUUAUGGAGUAGAACUGUGCUCCAUAGGGUUUUCUCGGCCAUAAUCUUUAAGAAGGCAGAAUUCCAGGCCUUUCUUCCACAGCACCACUGGGUGGGUUCGAACCACCAACCUUUAGGUUAGUAGUUGAACACGAACUGUUUGUGCCACCCAAGGACCUGACUACUUGAUAGCCACUCUGAAUAAGGGAGCUACUUCUACAUUUUUUUCCCUCUGCUGCUCAGUCAAAUACCGUAAUGGACAUAAUUUGCCUAUGUUCUCUCUAUAAGAGUACAUUUGCCCCAGAAUACGUCUUAUUUUCCCAAAUUCAGUUAAAAUGGGUUACUUUGGUAACAUUAGUGGCAGGGAACAUUGCCCAAAAUCAAACACAACUAUAUUGUUAUCCCAUUUUCUAUCAUUACCUAUGUGUUUAUGGUGCUAUUAAUUACCAGCUAGGCUAUUUUUACAGAUCAGAUUAAAACUGUAAACAGACAAACAAAACCAUCUUUAGCUGUCAAACGUUGUCCUGUGGUACAGCCACUUACCCGUUUAGCACAAAAGCUGUAGCUACUAGAGGUUGCUGCCAAACCGCAGCCAUGCUACCUCUGGGCUUGACAGGUCAAAAUGGAGAAAUUCCAUCCCCCUGAGCCUGGAGCAGCUCUCUGGACCUGGGAGGAAUUCCAAGGGCUGAGAGACUCCCCAGAAUCAGGGGCAAUUGGAUGCUCUUGACCCCAGAGGUUAAAAUCACCUUGGGAACCACAGUGACUUGACCUGCACCCAUGACUCUACGAUCUGCGGAGAAGGACAGAUUUGCCAGGGGAACAGGAAGCUUCCACGUGCCUAGAAAUCAUUCAGCACAGAAACUGGCCCUGGGCCUUCAAAAUAGGCUCCCUUUGAAUAUGAUUUGGCUGGAAAGAGUCUUAAAUACGUGUAACGUGAUUAUUCUCAGUUGGACUAUUUUCUUCACUUCCUGUCUGCAGGCCCGAGUUUUCGGAAGUAACUAAUGUGUAUGCAACAUUCUAAACUUUAGGUAAAAUGGGGUUAUUUAGUAGUUUUAAAUUUGUAGUUGCCUGCCUGUAGUUUACGUUAAAAGUGAGCUCCUAUGUACCAUUAUGCAUACCUAUAUUAUUUUAAGUAUGUGUAAUGUGGAUGUGUACAGUACAGUACUGAAUUUGUCAUUUGAAUCAAGUGUGGUGUACUCUGUUUUCAGAUGACUUGGACAACUUGUCUGGCUUUGCAGAGAUGUAUACUGGGUAGAUCGCAGCUUUCUGUGUCGGGGGAGGACUGCCUUCGUGUGGUGUAUCUGGCCUGGUUACCCAAGCUCUGUCCCUGCAGCUCCCUUAUCCCCAAACUGGACAUUUCAAUCAUUAAAGAACAAAAUUUCUGUGAAAUGAAAACUUUUUGUAUGGGAGCCACUUAUCAAAUUGAUUUUUAGCAGUAAUAGUAAGCUAAAGAAUAAACAUUUGAUAUUCAGCAUCUGAAAAUAUCUCACGGUGUUUUCUUUGGGGGAGGGAAAUGAUCAUUUUAGCCAGCAGUUUCAAAUUUGACCUUGAAUUUUUUAAAGUAGUUACAUUGCUUGAAACAGCUGGUUUUCUACUUUUCCUUUCCUUUCCUUUCUUCUCCCCUCCCCUCUUUCUUUCCUUCAUUUAAAAAAAUGUUCAAACAAGCACAGUCUUAUUAAAAAAGUUGAAGAUACAGCAAAAGGACUGAUCUUUUCUUGAGUAAGUUUCUGACCUAAUGCCCUGUCACCUCCGAAUACCUCAGUAUGUAUUUCUUACAAAUGAGAACACUCUUCUCCAUAACUACAAGUACAACCAUCAAUAUCAGAAAAUCAACAUUGAUACAUUGUUACCAUCUGAUCUUCGGACCUGGCUCAAGUUUUGCCAGUUGUUACAGCAAAAGAUUGCAUUCAGAAUCUUCCUUGGGAUUUAGUUGUCACGUCUCUAGUGUCCUUCAGUCUGGACAGCUCCUCAGUCUAGACUUUCAUAACCUUGGCACUUUUGAAGAUUAUAAGCCAGUUAUUUUAUACAAUGUCCUUCAAUCUGGGUAUUAUGGUGUUUCUUCAUGAUUAAAAUCAGGUUAUCUAUUUUUGACAAAAAUAUACAGAACUGAUGCCGUGUUCUUUUCAUUGCAUCUUACUAGGACACAUUCUGGGAAGCAUUGUUCUUUUUGUGCUGUGUUUGAUUUCUAGCAAAUAACAUUGGCUACAGCAUUAUCCCUUCAGUCUUAAAAGAAAGUCACUAAGAGACUAAGGACUUUGCUGGGGGGUUCCCCUAUAACCUUUCCUUUCACUCUCAACUGGGGUUUCCUAUACUUAGGAUGUCCCACCUCCUUCUCUAAAUCUCUUUUUGAAACUCUCCAUCACUUCCUUGAGAAAACUCUAGUUAUUAUCUCAUUUAGACUCUUGGUCUUGUCCAGUGGAUCAUGUUCCAAGUCGGAGUCCUGCAGUCAUGAGUAGAGUUUUGGGUUGAACCUCAUACUCAGCUGUGUAGGUGCUGGGGUAGAGGAAGGGCUGGGGGUCUGCGCUUCAGUCCUGUGGGUAAUGAUGAACUCAAGUCCUUCAAUUCCACUUUCCUUUUCAUUACUUCCACUGAAAGAAGCUGUGGACCUAUUGGCUUCCUUGCUACUUGGUCUAUUAAAGUGAGCACAUCCCUGAACAAUAAACUGUACU